GAGAGGACAAGGAUGUUACUGUGUAAAGAGACAGAAGCAGAGCCCACCUGUUUGCUUCUCUGCCAAUGAAAUCAGCCCCGUGAGCUGCACGCAGGAGGAGCGCUUCCCUCUGGACCAGUCCUCCGUGCGUAAACUGCGACGCGCACCACCCGCCCCCUCCCGUGACGCGGCGCAUUCCCGUGUUGCACAGAUGCUGGAGUGGAAGCGACAGGCGCGCUCAUCCAAACGCAUCGAAGACCAGGGAGGUGGGAGAAGAUCGUCCGGUUCGCGUCCGUAAAGGAGCCCCAGACCGCGGGGAACGAUGCUCGGCAGGAGUCGCUCCGUGGGCAGCAGGACUUAAAAAGCUGCGGAACACUUUUAUCAUUACUCUCUCUUUCCCCUUCCCUUCUUUCUCCCCGACUCUGAUAAGAAUCAAGAAUCCGGGCAGUCGCCGUCCAGUUUUCUCGAUCACUGAAAAUUUAGUUCCAGUUUGACGACAGGUCGGUGUUUCCUUUGGACACGAUGUGGAAGCCGGGAACCCGCCUCCUGCUGUUGCUGUGGCUGCUUUCGGCGUCCGGCGAACUCCAGCAAGAGACGGAGCCGCGGAGACUCCCACCCCCCGGAAAGUUGGAUUUCGGUUAUGUGCCAGCGGGAGUUUACGAGACGCUGGCCCAUUACGAACCGGGACCGAUAGGAAUUCUUUUCCACACGGUCCAUGCUUUCCUGUAUGCGGUGCAGCCGAACGCUUUUCCACACGAUCUUAUUGUCAAACUGGCAAAGGACAAGUUUGGAGCCAUUCAGACGGAAUAUCAAAAGCCAGAGAACAUAGUGCUGACCCUUCAGGCCAUCUACUAUGAGAUUGGCUUCCUCGUAUGUGCGGCGGUGGGCCUGCUCUUUGCCGUUCUGAUGCCAAUAGUCGGGCUCUUCUUCUGCAUGUGCCGCUGCUGUGACAACUGUGGUGGCGAGAUGCACCAACGCCAGAGGAAGAAUGCGGACUGCCGGCGUGGCCUGCUGGGAACGCUGCUCUUCUCCACCUCACUGGUCAUCACGAUUGGAGUGCUGUGUGCAUACGCUGCCAACCAGAACCUGAGCUCUCAGGUGAAGAACGUACGGAGACUGGUCAACAGCAACAUGAGGGAUCUGCACACCUUCGUCAACGACACACCCAUGCAAAUUGAUUACCUAAUAUCCCAAUAUGCCACAGCCAAGAACAAAGUCAUCUAUGACCUAGAUAACAUAGGUCCAUUAUUGGGUGGAAGGAUACAUGAUCAGCUGGAUAUGGAGGUCCGGCCUGCAUUGGACCAAGUGCUUAAUAUGGCUGGAGUGAAAAUCGAGAGGGCCAUAAAAGCCAUGCGAGAAACCAAGGAGGCCCUGGAGAGCGUUAGUGCCUCUCUGGAGGUGCUUCAGGAUGGAACAGGGAAGCUGAGCUUAAACCUGAGCCAAGUCCGGACCAACAUCAACCGCACCCUGAACGACCCCGGCUGUCAUGACGAAGACUCCGAUGCUACCACAGCCCAGCUGUGCCGCAACAUUCGCCAGUCCCUGACCCAGCUGCAGAUUAGCGCUAAUUUCACACGGCUACCAGAUGUGGAUGCUCAGCAGCAAAAGAUGAACGAUGUAUUAAAAACAGACCUCAGUGCCGUCGUCCAGAAGGGCUUCUCCUCUUUGAACGACACACCACACAUGGUGAUUGAACAGACCAGAAGUGUCGUUGAGAGUGUAACAAAUUUGGUGGACGGCAUUGGCAACAACAUCAGCAGCUUUUCCAAAGCGUUCCCAGUGCAGAGCUGCCUGUCCAACUUCACCAUCUUCAUUAACCAUGUGCAUGCCAAGAUUGAGGACCACUACCCUGAAAUUGACAAAAUGGACUUCUACAGGUGGAUUGGCUGCAUUGCUCUUUGCUGCAUGGUGGUCCUGGUCCUGGCCUUCAACUACCUGGGCCUGCUAUGCGGCACGCUGGGUUAUGACAAGCACGCCUCACCUACAACACGAGGAUGCAUCUCCAAUACGGGAGGAACGAUGCUUAUGGCGGGCGUUGGAUUUAGCUUCAUCUUCUCCUGGAUGCUGAUGGGAGUGGUGACCGUCAUGUUCCUGGCUGGAGGCAACAUGGAGAAACUUGUUUGUGAACCAUUCCACACCAAAGAACUUUUCAAGGUUGUGGACACCCCAUAUCUGAUCAACCCAGAGUGGAAGAACUUCAUCCCUGGCUACAUGUACAACGACUCCGAGCUGGAGCUGACGGCAGAGAGCUUGUACAGUACUUGCAAACAGAACCGAGGCAUCUACUCAGCCAUGCAUCUAGACAAAGUCUUCAAUAUCUCCUCCUACCUGAACACCACAAUGUUCACAAAGGAUGUGGUCAGUCAACUGGACAGUGUUAAGAUCGACUUGCGAGGCAUAAUCCUGUUAGAGGCAGAGGGACGGCAGAACCUCCUGGAUUUCUCUGAAGCCGGGCUGUCAGAGAUCAACUACGCCGACUACCUGGAGGAGGUGAAUAAAGGAGUCACUGUAGUGGAUCUGCUCUCAUUUGCCAGCGAACUGGAGGCCCAGGCAGACCUGAUGCCCAAAAGCCCUCUGCAGUCUGCUAUGAAAGGCCAUAUUGGCACUCUGCGGCAGAUCCACAGACAACAGAUCGUCCCAAUGGAGCAGUCCAUGAGCGCGCUGAACCAGAGUAUGAGAUUCCUGGAGCGGACAGCCUCUGAUCUUCCAAACAAAAUCUUAGCUGUUCUUGAUGCCAUCAAAGCUGCCCAGUUCCUCGUCUCUCAGAAUGCAACGCAUUUAAUCAGUCGGGAAACAAGGAAAUACACCGCGACCAUUAUUGGAUACUUUCAACAGUACGUUGAAUGGGUGAAAACAUCUCUGGCCAUGGACGUUGCACCGUGCAAGCCCUUCAGCAACAUGGUGGACACGGCAGAAAUUAUGGCUUGCAGUUUUGUAGUCGACUCUAUGAACACUUUCUGGAUGGGCCUGGGCUGCAGCACUCUCCUCCUGCUCCCGAGCAUCAUCCUAGCAGUGAAACUAGCCAAGUACUACCGCAGGAUGGACACAGAGGAUGUUUACGAUGACACUGAGACAAUUCCCAUGAAAACUAUGGAAAUUGGUAAUAAUGGUUAUCAUAGUGAGCGCUUACAAGGUAUUCCUAAUCCUAUGAUGAUAAGCAUCCCUACCUAUGAUACCAUGAACAGGUUCCCACGGGCCUCGGCUCCUCCGAGGCACAUCGACUGGUGAAGGAGCCGGCUCUUGUUCUGGCUCCUGAAAGUGCCCUCGAAAACUGGAACUGAAAUACGUCAUACUUUUAAUUACCCGAACCCUUGGACCAGACGAAGCUCAGUGAAAGCGUGUUUCCUCGUCCUGCAGUCGUUCUCUCCAGUGAUGAACCGAACCUUCUCAGCUUUCAGUACGACUGCAGCCUGCAGGACAUCAAACUCUUCUCCCCUCAGCAUCAAUCUGAGCCAGGCUUGUUCUGCAUUUUUUUUUUUUUUUUUUUUAAGGACUGCUGCGUCUGCGUUUACAUGUGUUCAGAUAUGAAACCAAGCGGAAAAAAUCAUUCAGUGACAGGACAUGGCAUUAACUGUGAUGCUUGUUCGUUUUAAUGUGCUUCUUUGUGCUUACAAAAACAAAAGCUGGAAGGUCACAUGAAGGUAACUGCAAGCAGAGAGACAGAUUUUUUGUUUUUUAAUUCUUCUUCCUGCAUUUAAAAUGGAUGUUCCACUUUCAACUCAAGCUGGUGGUAAAGCUGCAGCAGUGUAGCAGUACACCUGUGACGAAAGCUGCAAAUGAACAAGAACAGCCUGUCAAAGUGUUGAAUAGUGGACACCUGUUUUUUUUUUUUAAGUGCAGCAUGUGUGAAGUGGUGGAUCUGUGGCAUCUUCAUGACAGAGAAUUUCAAUAGUGGUAAAAAUAGAGGUUAAAGAUUGGGGGGGUGUUCUAAAAGAUAUUUAGUCUUUUUAAAAUGUUUACAAUAUCACAAUGUCUUUGCUGGUUUUAUGCGCAUUACAUUUGACUGGUUGCCUUUGUAUGUUCCGCCCCGGAGUUUGAGAGAUUCUUUUUUAAGAGAAAAUCUGCCGUCAGAUAAUCUUACACUGCUGAAAAUCAACAAUCUGGGAGUUAUUCUGUGGUAACGUUUCAAAAUGUAGUCUUUUGUAUAAUACCUGGCUUCCCUUACCUUGUGCCAUCUACAUUUGUCCCACCUGUUAAUUCUCGGUAUUUCCCAGAAUGCCUUUUUAAACAACCCAUUUGCAGUGGAGAUGUAAAAUUAAUGUAUUUGAAAAGGAUGAAAUGUUUUCCUGCAUUAUCAUCCCGGAGUGGCAGACACUGCAGUUUUGUUUGUGGCUGCUGACAUGCACAUAUAAGGCGUCCUGCGGUUAAUGUGGAAUACUCUGGCUGCAGUGAUAUUUGAUGCUGAGAGUCAGGGGUGCUGUUUGGACGAACCACAAUAACACGUCUUGUGUGGGAGAUAAGGUGGUGGUGACACCUCGGACAAAACCGCAGCAUUUGAUGCUCUGGGAAUAAAACUGCUAAAUGUGGACACCAAAUUCUGAGUAGGUUUUAAACUAUUAGACCCCAAUUUUUCAUCAUUUAGGUUUUAAAUACUGUCAGAUUAGGCAAGCUUUCCAAAGUGUUUUUAAUGGUACUAUGUAGAACCGAAAUAUGUUUUUGGCUUUUUCUUAGUUUUUUUGUUUUUGUUUGUUUUUUAAAACCCCUUUCCCUGUUUUGAUAAUCAUCUCUGGAUACCUCAGAUAUAUUUCAAGACCUUUGAGGGAACCUUAACACCAGAUAGAUACCACUGUUUUAGACAGGCUUUCAACCUCAUUAAACAAAAUCACACCACAACAGUGUAAGGAUGUUAGGUGGAUUUUCCCUUUAAAUCACAUACUAAAGUCAGACCACACUGGCAAAGGUCUGACCUUUAGGUUCUCUGUGUGAUAUAUUGAUUGAUUUUUCACAUGGGACCAAAUUAUAUUGAGUUCACUAACAUGACAUUUUUACUAAGAUUUUUUUUUUCCUUUUGUAAUGGUGGAAAAUUACAGUGGAGAAUGAAUUAAUUCUCAAGCCAAAUCCUUUUUCUCUCUUUUUUUUUUUUUUUUUUUUUUUUAACUGUAGGUCUCAGGUCUCUAGUGGUCUAUCAGCUAUGUGCUUAUUUUGUUUCUCUGCUUUAUAAAAACCCACAGUAGCCAUGGAUACAUUUAAAAGCUAUGAAACAAGUGAAUGUAUUCAAGAGCUAUUUUCCUCUUAAUUUCAACACUGCUUCAUAUGGAAGUUGACUGAGAAAUAUGCUGAAAUCUAUGUGUAACACAUCUGGCAACCAGUCGUCCCACCCUCUUCGCCUUCAUGUUUACAGGUUAGAUUUGCAGCUGAGUAAUGAUGGUGGGGAAAACAAAGAAAACAACAAAAAAAAUAGACAAUCCGUGAUUGGGACUAGUGAGUGCUGUCAAUCAGAGUAGAAAAAUAAGCAUGCUUCAUGUUUUGCACAGCAUGGUGUUGAUGCACACUGUGGAAAAAAAAAUGUCCAUCUUAACACUGAAACAUAUAUGCUUUGUUGUGUGUUCUAAUAAUGCCACAGUCAGGGUUGACAAGAGUUAAUAUGGUAACUAAAACUGAUAAUUCCCAGUAUAUAAUCCUUUCACAUCAAUGAAUUAGCUUCAGAAAUGGGUCUAAAAUAACCAGCUUAUUCAUAUUAUUUCAGUAGUUUAACUUUUAUUAUUCGGUCAUUGCAAACGAUGCCUAACAGAUCUGCGAAGGAAAAGCUUAUUUAGACAAACGCAGUCCAAAUUUAUUAGCUAGUUACUAAAGCAAUCCAGCCAGGUUGUUUUUCAAUGUGAGGGAAAAUGUUCCCACAUUUAAUAUGAAUUUUUUACAGUCACUGGCCCUGCGAUAGACUGGCCCUCGCUCUAUGACAGCUGGGACAGAGACCCUGAGUUGUAUAAAUAUUUAAGAAAAUGAAUGAGUGAAUUUUAACAUUUAUCACAUCAGAUUUUUGACUCAUGAACAUGUAAAAGAUGUCGGAUGGCACACUUUUAAAACUACUGAUACCAUUUUUAAAUUGCUUUGAUUGACUGUUGUUGGCAUCGACCGAUUAGCUUAGAAAAAUCAGUCCAAACAUUUAACCUCUUCAAAUGAUUAUCUUUAAAUUUUUAUAUUUUUUUAACACACAUAACUUUUAUAUUACAAAUUAACUGAUAUUGAGAAAUUUUUUUUUUUUUUUUAACAUUUUGGCUGUCCUAAACAAUUAAUUAUUCACUAUAUGAUGACUACAGAGAGUUUACCACCCUGUAGCAUAACAUACCCUGUAUCUAAAAGAUGUAACGUGAAGACUCAACCUGAGCAGAUUAUACGUGAUGAGCAAGCGGUUUACUGAGGUCGUAGGGGAAGUGAACCAAGGGCUGUUUCAAAUAGACUUCUAUACAACUGGACAUCAUUUUACAACCACAGCAGUCGCCUUCUUCUCAUUAGACAGAAUGCAGGUUUAAGGCAUUACAGCUUCAUCUUUCAGACCCCAAGCUACAUCCAUCUUCUAUAUACAGUCUGUGAAUAUCAUGCAAUGCCUUGCAAAAAAAUACUGUCCAAGCAUUAUGUACUAUGAUGCAAAAGCAGCAGUGAAUAAUGAGAGAAACUGCCACAAUCUAUUUGUAUUUAUUAAUUUGUUUAAUUUGUUUUUGAGUAAAUACCAUAGUGAAUGAUUGAUUGAAAGAUAUUGGACACAAUCAUAAAGAUUGUUUUUUAACAUUAAUCACACCAACAUUACAAAUUACUCUCAUCUCCUCGGUCCUGCAGAGCAGGUUUUUGGGUAAAUUCAGGCUGUAUGCAGAUACCUAAUGGACUACUUCACCACAGAAAAUACUGUUAGUUGAAAUCUAAACUCAAAAUGACUUCUGUUGAUUCACUGGCAUUUCUUGUUAAAAUGGACAUUUUUUUUUUAAGUAACUGUGUGCUCACGGGACUAUCAUUGGGUUUAUUAUCAGCUAAAGUCUGGAUGUGACCCAUGUGGGAGAAAAUGUGUGACUUUACUAAGUGCUUAAACUAGAUAUCCUGUAUGCUAACCCUGGAUGGAUCGGAUACAGCGGUAACUGGUUUGAACUGUGAUGCUCCAAAGUUGGGCACUGAUGGAGCCACUGAAGAGUAUGGUUAAAUGAUGUGGUGAAAAGAGAGUGUAUAAAUUGUGAAUAAAGUUUUAAAAUCCAA